CGAGCCAGGCACGCAGGCUGAGCGCCCGGGAGACAGAAGCGCAGCGACCCACCACCGGCUGCCGGCCACCCGCGCGUCUCCAGUCCGCUGCGCUCCUCAUGGGACCCCGGCGCCUGGCGUUCUGGCUGCUCCUGCUCCUGCUCCCGCCGGAUUUUAAAGGUGCUUUGGGAAAAACCCAUUCUAGGAAUCGAAGAGGAAUCCUUGAAUUAGCUGGAGCCAUUACAUGCAGCACAGGACGCACUCCUUUUGCCUAUCUACGUUAUGGAUGCUAUUGUGGUCUAGGAGGGCAAGGCUGGCCUAGGGAUAAAGUAGACUGGUGCUGCUUUAAGCAUGACUGCUGCUACAGUAAGGCAGAACAAGCAGGCUGUAAGCCCAAGAUAGCAAGCUAUAAGUGGGAAUGUGAAGACAAUACUGCUGUGUGUGAUUCACUAGAAGACAAAUGCCAAAAAAUAAUGUGUAAAUGUGACCGCAAAGCUGCCAAGUGUUUGGCUAAAGCCCCUUAUUACCCAAGGUACAUUUUCUGGCCAAAUUUUGUAUGUGGUGACUAUCACCCAAAAUGUAAGUUUUAGUGAGACAGGAGGACACUACUCUAAUAUUUACAAAAAUCUGU